AUGUCCCUUGGCACUUCGUCGCAGCAGGGCAUAUUGUCGCCGUCAUACAAACCUUUGGAACUCGGGGUCGUCCGGGCGCCUACCAAGUCCAAUAUACAAUUUGAUCUGGGCAUCUACAAUCGUCAAUUUCUGGAGAUCCUCGAGGAUCGGAUUCCCUCCAUGUUGGGCGACCAUCAGGGCGUCCGGGUUUUUUGCGAAGAACUCGAGGCAAUGCUUAUAGAACCGCUUGGCUGGAGCGGAUUUGUUCUUCGAACUAACCACGUAUUUUUUGGCGUCGUGUUCGCUAGUCCAAAUAAGACCAAUGUCGACCCGGAAGCCGGUAAGAUUGCCACGAAAUGCCGCAAGAACGACAGAAAUAUGUUUUUGGUCAAUGAGGAAGAUAGGCCCACUGUGCAGAUGCCGAAGUCAGUCUCCUUGAUCAUCUCAGACGUCCUGAUUUACACCCGAAAACGUCUCUGGAUUCAACAAAGAACGGGACACCAGAAUGCAAAAGCAAUAGCAGCAAGCGCGACCUCCAUGGAGACAGCCCCUACAACCACUGAGCCCGCCAUAGACGAAGAGUUCCAUGCCAUGUCUCCUGCUAAGACUCCGCAGCCUCCAAGGCAAGAGACUAUAUACCUGUCGAUCACAAUUAUUCAGCUAGGCUUUCGCCGCCAACGCUACCUCCAAGUCAUGGAAUCUAAGUCUCGCAAACUUUGCGGGCUACCUCAUCCGCCUUCUAAUGCAGCGUCACCUCUUCGGCAUGGCCUGGAACUCAGAGCAGCUGCAGUUUGA